AAGCUCUUGAAAUAUACAUAUAUUUGAGAUAUUAUCAUUACUAUUCCAUUAGUUACAAGGGUUUUCUACCUAAAAGCCUCACCAAUAAACCUAAAUUCUAUAAUAACAAUAAUAAAAAAUAUGGUCCACAAACCCAACUGAAGCUUGCAACAAAAUAAAUGACGACCUUGAAGGCUCGCAACUCGCAAACAAACAGAGCACAUAUGGAGGAUGAUGAAUAAGGAGGAACAUAAUAGGUCUAAGUAAAUUGAAAGGAUGUCUAGAAAUCUACAACCCAAUAUGAUAUUAAAGCUUGACCCAUAAACACAACAAGGGCAUUCUUUCGAAAUUAGUUGGGAUAUUAAACUUGGCCCAAUUUGAUGUUACUUGUUUUAGGUAAAACCCCAACCGACCCGGUUCAGGCAGUUUUGGUGAUUAAUUUUGUGUAAUUGUAUUUAAUAUUUUAAAUUUGUAAAAUGGCACACCGCAGCAGCACGUCCCUGUCCCCCCCCCCAAAUCUGUGAUUCUCAUCGUUUGACAUUGAAAUUUAAAAUGCUUUCCUCUGCUCUCCGGACUUGGUCGACGCUACCAUUCAGUUCCAGGAAUCUCCGUCGCCUCCGCCUAAAUCCCUGUCAUUCUUCCCGACCAUUUUCCGUCAACAUGUCCGCUCACACUCAACCGAUCGAGCACAUCGUCCUCUUCAAGGUCAAAGAUGGCCUCGAUUCCUCCAAGGUAAACGACAUGCUCAAUGGCCUCAAUGGCCUCAACUCCCUCGACCAAGUCCUCCAUCUCACCGCCGGCCCCAUUCUCCGCAACCGCUCCUCCUCCACCUUCACUCACCUCCUCCACAGCCGCUAUCCUUCCAAGGAGGAUCUCUCCAUCUACUCCGCCCACCCUGCUCACAUGAACGUCGUCAAGCAAUUUGUUCUUCCCAUCUGCGACGACAUCAUGGCCGUCGAUUGGGUCGCCGAUGCUUUGCAAGGCCCUCUCGUCCCAUCUCCUGGCUCCGCCCUUAGAGUUACCUUCCUCAAACUCAAGGAGAAUCUGGGCGACGAAGUCAAGGGCCAGAUCUUGGAGGUCAUCGCAGGGAUGAGGGAGAAAUUGGGGCCCAAUGUCCAGCUGACGGUGGGCGACAACUUUUCCCCGGCCAGAGCCAAGGGUUUCUCAAUCGCUUCGAUUGCCAUUUUCCCAGGGCCAAAUGAGUUGGAGGCGGCGGCUUCAGACAAAGAAAUGGUGGAAUUGCAGAAAGAGAAGGUCAGGGAACAUUUGGAGAGUGUAAUUGUGGUGGACUACGUGGUUCCGCCGCCGAAAACGGCAAGUCUCUAAACCCAUCUACGAUCAUCGCUACAAAGUUCCUGGUGAACAAUGUCUGUGGCCAAGUGUUGAAAUAGAAUAAAAGCGUCCUCCAUUGAUGUAUGAAUGGCAGACGCACUUUUGAAAUUUUAGCAUUUUAAUGUUUUUGGGUUUCUUCUCUGUCUGUUGCAUUUAAACUUGAAAAUUUCAGUAAAAUCUAAUGUUCCAUCAUUCGAAAAA